AUGUCUUCUUUCAAAUCCUAUGGGAAAGUUGAUGAACAUGAGCAAAUGAUGUUAGAUGCUCGGAGGAAAACCCGAAAGAGAAUCACAAUCAUAAGCUUGUCCUCAAUAAUCCUUGCUGGUGUUGUAUUUGCUACGGUAUUUGGAAUUGUUAAUAACUCUCGUGGCAACUCACAAAGUGGCAAUAAUGCUCAAUCAUUAACCAAUUCUUUUAAGGCUGUUUGUGAUGUGACCUUGUAUAAGGACUCAUGCUAUCGCAGCCUUGGCUCUCUUUAUCAUUCAGGGCAAGUUCAGGUUCAGCCUGAGGAGUUGUUCAAGUUUUCAAUCAAAGUGGCCUUAACUGAAGUGUCCAAAGCUGUUAUUUUUUUCUCAGAGAAUGGUGUUUUCAAAGGCUUGAAUGAUAGCAGGACUAAGGAAGCUUUGGAAAAUUGCAGGGAUCUUUUGGAUCUUGCAGUUGAUCACCUAAAUAGCUCUUUGACUUCUGCGGAAAAUUCUUCCCUUCUUGAUGUUUUUGAUGAUCAUGAAACAUGGUUAAGUGCCGCAGGUACAUACCAGCAAACUUGCAUUGAAGGCUUUGAGGAUGCAAAAGAAGCAUUGAAAGAAAGUGUAGUAAGCUAUCUUAAAAAUUCUACACAUUUCACUAGUAACAGUCUUGCAAUCAUUACAUGGAUCAACAAGGCCUCAAGCACACUGAACUUGAGGCGAUUACUGAGUUUACCUUUCCAGAAUGAAGCACCAGAAUGGCUUCAUUCAAAAGACAGGAAGUUACUUGGAACUAAGGAUUUGAAAGGGAAAGUUGACAUUGUUGUUGCCAAAGAUGGCAGUGGGAAAUAUAAAACUAUUUCAGCUGCACUUAAGCUUGUCCCUAACAAGAGUAACAAGAGGACUGUGAUCUAUGUGAAGAGAGGGGUUUACUAUGAAAAUGUGAGGGUAGAAAAGACCAAAUGGAAUGUGAUGAUCAUUGGCGACGGAAUGAAUGCUACUAUAGUAUCUGGCAGCCGUAACUUUGUUGAUGGCACACCAACAUUUUCAACCGCAACAUUUGCUGUGUUUGGGAGGAAUUUCAUAGCAAGAGAUAUGGGUUUUCGCAACACAGCUGGUCCAAAGAAACAACAAGCAGUGGCACUAAUGACAAGUGCUGAUCGAGCAGUUUACUAUAGAUGUCAUAUUGAUGCAUAUCAGGACACUCUCUAUGCUCAUUCCAAUCGCCAAUUCUAUAGAGAAUGCAACAUUUAUGGGACAGUUGAUUUCAUUUUUGGAAAUUCUGCAGUUAUAUUACAAAACUGCAAUAUUUUACCAAAGUUACCAAUACUUGGUCAGCAGAACACAAUCACAGCACAGGGAAAAUUUGACCCUAACAUGAACACUGGGAUUUCAAUUCAAAAUUGCAACAUUUCACCCUUUGGGAACUUGAGCUCUGUCCAAACAUACCUUGGAAGACCCUGGAAGAAUUACUCAACUACAGUAUACAUGAGAUCAAGAAUGGAAAGCUUUAUUAACCCAAAAGGGUGGUUACCAUGGGUGGGGAACUCAGCACCAGACACCCUUUUUUAUGCAGAAUUUCAGAAUGUUGGAGAAGGUGCUAUAACAAAGAAUAGGGUGAAGUGGAAGGGUUUGAGAACCAUUACUAGUAAAAAAGCUAGCAUGUUUACAAUCAAGGUUUUUCUUCAAGGAGAUAGAUGGAUUCCUGCUUCAGGUGCCCCUUUUAAGUCUGAUCUGUGA